UUCAAUUCCUGCUUCUUCUCGUUAGUUUUUAGCGGUACCUGGUGAUGAUGGAAGACUAGGCGAGUAGGCGGCGAUCGCUAAUUUGAUCCUUGAACUGAAUGGAUUUUAUCUCACCGCACUGUCGUGCCUUUGGGCGAGUGUUCAUGGGCUUCUGCCCUAGGUGAGGGUUUUCCCCAGUUCAAAGACGAGUGUAUCUCGAUGUUGUGAAUUUCGCUAAUAGCCCGUUUGAAGGAUUCCUUGGCGGUUAAAAAAACAAUCAUUUAAGAAAAAUUAUUAUAGAAUGAUUGCAACGGUUAUUCAAUUUCAGUUUACUAAAGAUUCGUUGUAUUAGAAAGUAGAUAAGUGUAAGGAAAGUGGUAAAUAAUAAUUAAAGAAGUAGCAGUCCUCAUGUUUUGUACACUAACCCAACUUUGCCAAGUAACCUUCCUUCAUUCCACAUGCACUGGAUUAGGAUCAAACCUUGUAUCUAUAUCUAUAUCAUUAGCCGUUAUACGUCAUUAUAUUCAUGCAUCCUUAUUCACCUUCCACUUGUCAAUUGCCAUUCAUCACACACACACAUAUAUAUAUAAGUAUAUAACCCCCAACCCACAUCUAUACAACAAAUAACAAACUCAACACAAAUGAACAAUUAUACCACAUCUUGUGAGUCCAGCUGGUACCGUCUGAACAACAUCGGUAAAGGAUCAUUUGGAGCGGUGAGUCUCGCCGUUGACCAAUCCGGUCAAACACUCGCGGUCAAAUCCGUCGAGAAAAAAUCUAACGAGUUUCUCCGGUAUCUCGAGAGCGAGAUUCGCAUAUUGAAAUCGCUAUCCUCGCCACACAUCGUUAAAUAUCUCGGAGACGACGUUACGCGUGAGGGGUUAUCCGUGUACCGGAACCUACACAUGGAGUACAUGCCCAAUGGCACUCUUGCUGACGUGGCAAAACAACACGUUAUCAGCACGAAUGAUGUUCGGGAUUACACGUGGUGCAUCACGUCCGCGUUGAGCUACAUUCACGCCCGAAACAUCGUCCACUGCGACGUAAAAGGCGCGAAUAUAUUGCUCGGAAACACCGCCGGAACCGCCAAGCUUGCCGACUUCGGUUCCGCGAUUGAUGUAAGGAAUAUCACGUGUAACACACGUGGCAGUCCGUUAUGGAUGGCGCCUGAGGUCAUCCGAGGCGAGUACAUCGGACCAGAGUCCGAUGUAUGGUCGUUAGGGUGUACAGUGAUCGAAAUGAUCACCGGAAAGCCAGCCUGGCAAGACCGGGGAGUCGACACUCUCCGGUUAAUCGGAUACUCCGGCGCGGUACCGGAGUUGAAAACAACAACUCCGGUACCGCACGAUCUACGUGAUUUUUUAAACAAGUGUUUGAAACGUGAACCGAGUGAAAGAUGGAGCUGUGAUCAGCUGCUACAGCACCCAUUUCUGUUAUCCUGUUCCCCACCAUCCUCACCGCAGAUCACGAUCAACACUUGUAAAUUGUCUCCAAGAUGCAUAUUUGAUUGGUCUGAUUCAAAUUCAAGUUCAAGUUCAGGUUCAAGUUCAAGUUCAACUUACGAAUCAACCGUUGACACGUGUCAAUUCAGCAUGAACAACGCGAAACAGAGGAUUGGUAAAUUAGCUUCAACUUCAGGGGUAAUUUGGGAAACGGAAGGGUGGGAGGUGGUGAGGCACGUGACGGCUACUACUACUACUACGUGGGAAUAUUCUGAUUCCGUUGAUGAUGAAGAAAGUGUGACUGGGAGUGGAGGGGUAAAAUGGGAUUUUAGUGAAAGUACAACAAGUGAAGCAUGGGGUACAAUGGAUAGUGUAGAUAUAUACAGGUGUUGUUAUAUGUAUGUUUGGUUACAAAAAAUGUGUGAUAUAAUUGUUGUGUUUAAUUUGAAUUUUAUCCAACAUAUUCAGUACACGCAAUGGUUAACUUCAACGCCAAGUGUUGUUGUUCAUGGUUUGUUAAUUGACACGUGGAAUAUUUUUAUGAAUGAAAACAAAGUUUAUAAAAUUGUGUAUGAUGUCAUAUGGCAAUGGCAUAUUGGCAUCUGCCCUUUUGAGACGUGGGUGGGUGGGUGGUGA